UGGGUCUAGUCUAAGAUGGCGCUGUAAGAGCGCAGGUUUGUUUUCCAUGGGUGUAAAGUAUGUUUAAGUGCAUUAACAGAUCGGCCCAGUGUUCCAGAUACCUCCAGUCAGCAGGUACCGGUUUCUGUCCUAAUCAAGAUUUUAGGCUGGUGUCAUCCUUGCCACUCAGAAUGACCGACCCGGCUGUGCAGAGGGUGGUUAGAGACAUAAUUCGCUCUCCAGAGGACAAACGGGUUUACAGGGCCCUGGACUUUACUAAUGGCCUGAAAGCUAUGCUCAUCAGUGACCCAACCACAGAUAAAUCCUCAGCUGCUUUGGAUGUCCACAUAGGUUCAUUAUCGGACCCAGGGAAUAUCUCGGGCCUGGCGCACUUCUGUGAGCACAUGCUGUUCCUGGGAACAAAGAAGUAUCCCAAAGAGAAUGAGUACAGCCAGUUCCUGAGCGAGCAUGCAGGCAGCUCCAAUGCCUUUACAAGUGGAGAGCAUACCAACUAUUACUUUGAUGUGUCCCAUGAGCACUUGCAAGGCGCACUAGAUAGGUUUGCCCAGUUCUUCCUGUGUCCACUGUUUGAUGAGAGCUGUAAGGACAGGGAGGUGAAUGCUGUGGACUCAGAGCAUGAGAAGAACCUGAUGAAUGAUGCCUGGAGGCUGUUUCAGCUGGAGAAGGCCACUGGCAACCCUAACCACCCCUUCAGUAAAUUUGGAACAGGUAACAAGUUGACCCUUGAGACCAGACCAUCUAAAGAUGGGAUCGACAUCCGUCAGGAGCUCCUGCAGUUUCACUCUACAUAUUACUCCUCUAAUCUCAUGGGAUUGUGUGUGUUAGGGAGAGAAUCAUUAGAUGAUUUGACCUCCAUGGUGGUGAAGCUGUUUGGAGAAGUGGAAAACAAGAACGUGCCUGUGCCAGAAUUCCCCGAGCAUCCCUUCCAGGAAGAACACCUCAGACAAUUCUACAAUGUGGUGCCUAUCAAAGACAUCAGGAACCUGUACGUGACUUUCCCCAUCCCAGACCUGCAGAAGUACUACAAGUCUAACCCUGGACAUUAUCUAGGACAUCUGAUUGGCCAUGAAGGACCUGGAAGUUUGUUGUCUGAGCUAAAAUCUAAAGGCUGGGUGAACACGCUUGUUGGAGGGCAGAAAGAAGGAGCCAAAGGAUUCAUGUUCUUUAUCAUCAAUGUGGACUUGACUGAAGAGGGCCUCCUGCACGUUGAGGACAUCAUCUUCCACAUGUUCCAAUACAUCCAGAAGCUGCGGACGGAGGGGCCUCAGGAGUGGGUGUUUGAGGAGUGCAAGGAUUUAAAUAAAGUGGCCUUCAGGUUCAAGGACAAGGAGCGACCCCGUGGUUACACCUCCAAAGUGGCUGGUUUACUACAUUACUACCCCCUUGAAGAGGUUCUAGCAGCAGAGUACCUUUUGGAGGAUUUCAGACCAGACCUGAUCGAGAUGGUGCUGGAUAAACUGAGACCAGAACAUGUCAGGGUUGCGGUGGUGUCAAAGUCUUUUGAAGGUCAAACAGACAAGACAGAAGAAUGGUAUGGCACACAGUACAAACAGGAGGCCAUCACUGAAGAGACCAUCAAGAAAUGGGAAAAUGCAGACCUCAACGGCAAGUUCAAAUUACCCAUGAAAAACGAGUUCAUCCCAACCAACUUCGAGAUCUACCCUCUGGAGAAAGACUCUCCAUCAGUCCCCACUUUAAUCAAGGACACUGCCAUGAGCAAGGUGUGGUUCAAACAGGAUGACAAAUUCUUCCUGCCCAAGGCUUGUCUGAACUUUGAGUUCUUCAGUCGCUACCUAUACACAGAUCCCCUGCACUGCAACAUGACCUACUUGUUACUCAGGUUACUGAAGGAUGAUUUAAAAGAGUAUACAUAUGCAGCCCGUCUGGCCGGGCUGGUGUAUGGCGUAGCCUCAAGGAUGAAUGCCAUCCUCCUGUCUGUGAAAGGUUACAAUGACAAACAGCACAUCCUGCUGAAGAAGAUCAUUGAGAAAAUGGCCACCUUCGAGAUCGACGAGAGGCGCUUUGACAUCAUCAAAGAAGCGUACAUGAGGUCUUUGAAUAACUUCAGAGCCGAGCAGCCUCACCAACACGCCAUGUACUACCUCCGCCUACUAAUGACUGAGGUUGCUUGGACCAAAGAUGAGCUCAGAGAGGCUCUGGAUGAUGUAACGCUCCCACGCCUCAAGGCCUUCAUACCUCAGCUAUUGUCGCGGUUACAUAUUGAAACCCUUCUCCAUGGCAACAUCACCAAGGAGUCUGCUCUCGGCAUGAUGCAAAUGUUGGAGGACAAGCUCAUUGAGCAUGCUCACACGAAGCCCCUCCUCCCGAGCCAACUGAUUCGCUACAGAGAGGUGCAGGUUCCAGACGGUGGCUGGUACGUUUAUCAGCAGAGGAACGAGGUGCACAACAAUUGUGGCAUUGAGAUUUACUACCAGACAGACAUGCAGACGACCCACGACAACAUGCAGCUGGAGCUGUUCUGUCAGAUCAUCUCCGAGCCCUGCUUCAACACACUGAGGACCAAAGAACAGCUGGGAUACAUUGUGUUCAGUGGGCCCCGGCGGGCGAACGGGGUCCAAGGGCUGCGCUUUAUCAUCCAGUCAGAGAAAGCACCCCACUACCUAGAGAGCCGUGUGGAGGCUUUCCUCUGCACCAUGGAGAAGGCUGUGGAGGAGAUGACCGAUGAAGCCUUUCAGAAACACAUCCAGGCCCUCGCCAUCCGCCGCCUGGACAAGCCCAAGAAACUGUCCGCUGAGUGCGCCAAGUACUGGGGAGAGAUCAUCUCUCAGCAGUAUAAUUUUGACAGAGAUAACAUUGAAGUGGCGUAUCUGAAGACACUGACAAAAGAAAACAUCAUACAGUUCUACAGAGAACGACUGACUGUCGAAGCCCCGAAGAGACACAAGGUGUCUGUGCACGUCCUGUCCAGAGAGAUGGACUCCUGUCCCAUAGUGGGAGAGUUCCCGGCUCAGAAUGAUGUCAACCUUGCUCCAGCUCCUUCUCUGCCACAGCCCACGUUGGUUCAGGACAUGACGGAGUUCAAGAGGAGUCUGCCUCUGUUCCCCCUCGUCAAACCUCACAUCAACUUCAUGGCGGCUAAACUGUGAGUGAGGCCCGCAGGUGGACACGCAGACGGGGCGGCGGCGGGGGAGGAAUCCUGCUCUGUUCGUCACACCCCCGCUCCUUCCCAUCAGGAAGACUUUAAUCUGACUGAGCCUGCAUGAGUGCGUGUGUGUGUGUGUUUGGCUGGGUGCAUGUGAGUGCAUGUGUGUGUGGAACGUGUGUGGCAGGCCGGAACCACUACAAGAAAAACAAACGCGUGUAUUUGAAUCACAAAUAGCCGUGGUCGUCGACGUAGCUGCGAUUAGAAUUCACGCCAGACUCACCACACGUUCAAGCCUCUGAAAGGAGCCACCACACUCACACGCAUCACGACACUGUGUAGGUGUUCGUAGAGGAAAUAGAAACAACCUAAAAAAAGACGAGGGCCAGAUCCCUUUUUUUUAAAGAAUGUGCAGAAGCUUCACAUUAGGAGGCGUUUUUAUUUGAUUAAUAAUUUGAGACGUGCUGCUUUGAGAGGGGAUAGCGGGUGUAUCGUGAUUAAGUGCAGGUGAACGACAGUAGCUCCAUGAAGGUCUUUUCUCUUUUUAUGUUGGCCAUGUAACCCUCGGAGGCUCGAAGACGCUCCUGAAAACGUUAUCUCAAAAGACGCACUCGGUCGAAUGGAACAUUUUAUUCAACCCGAUGAAUGUUUGCCUUAUAAUUCUGCUUUUAAUCCUCACAGUAUUUGACUCCUUUUGUUUGGAAACUGGUAAAAUGUUGGGAACAUUUGAGGAGCUGUUUUAAAUCCACAGAGAAUCAUGCCUGUAAAAUUGGUUUUUAUUUUGUAUUGCAUUUUACAGUAGUAUGUAAUCCAGACAUCUCAGGGUACCUCCAUGCUGUUUUUCUUUCUCAUUGAAUUUUAUUAGCGAAUUAAAAUAUAAAAAACACUUUUAUCAGUCUGUCAUCUACGUUGUGCUUUGUUCACUUCACUAAAGCUGCCUUCAGACAUGCACUGAACUCUGCAGACAUUCUCUGUAUGAUGUGAGAGCACAGCAGGAGACCCUCCACAGGACCCCUGAGCGAGAGGGGUGUUGAUGACACCCGUAACAAGCGGCAGAAGCAAAAUAAAUAUCUCAGGAUGAAAAGUGGAGCCACAGAUGAUGUCAAUAGAGAUUUUGGUGAUUAGGGCGGAGACCGGUGUCUAAGUGCUAUAAAUAAAAACACAUAAUAUCCGCAGCAGAAUUAAUUUGUUACAUCCUGCAAUGUAACAUCCUGAUUUGUGUCUCGUGAACGCGUCAGAGCGCAGAGUCUCCUGCUGCGUUGUUCAUACGUGAAAGAUCUGCACCGGACACUCUCCUCAGCUUAUGUCUGAAAACGGCUUCAAAGUGAUCAAAGCCUCAUGAAUUAUUUUUGUAAAGUUAAGAACUACUGCAGUAAUGAAAUGUACUAUUAUUUCUUUCAUUCUGUUUUGCUCUGGGAAAAAUAAUUCUCACACUGUCAGCAGGUGAGACUUUCUGCAGCUUGUGCCUUUCCAGGGGGGCAUCACUCACUCUGUCUGUGGCUGCACUGAGCUGCUCCUGGUCUGAUCCAGAGAAUCCUGGACCAUCUGUCAUCCCACACACACCCACCCAAAAUUGCUGGACUGUGUUCUGGCUCUUAAAAUAUAUAUGUAUUUUUUUUUUUUUUAAACAAGAAAGCAGCAACUCGCCUUCUUCUCUGAAAAGAAACGCGUUGAUGUCUACAGGGAGUUGGAGAAAAGCUCUGGUCUGAAUAUAUGCACUUCUCUCUCUCAAAGCAAUAAAACUUGAUGAUGUUGUACAGUGUGAGGCAGAGUGAGACGUAGCCGCAGCUCGAUGGAGACGACUGUGUCCGCUCUGAGCGGUCGGCCUUGUGUGGACAGCGAUGUCAGUGGCUACUCUCAGGUGCUAACCAGCUCUGCCCUGUAGAAGAAAGAAGCUGCCAACACAAAUGCCCCCAAAAAAAGUUCCCUCCCUGGUGUACCUGCUCUCAGGUCUGGUUCAUGGCUCACACACAGAGUGAACGAUUUAUGGGGGUAGAAAGUUUUACCUCCAUGUUUAU